AUGUCGACAGUACUCGCAAAGCCGUACUGCGAUAAGGACGUCUCGGAGGCCUCAGAAACUGCCUCCACCAAGAGUGCCCUUCGGGCCGAGAGCACCAUCCAGCCAGUGGGCGCGCCGGUGUCCGAGCAGAAGGAUACCUUCUGGCGCCAGCCAAAGCACAACCUGGACACCGUCGCGACGCAGCCCUCUGUCUUCGAUGACCCCGUGACGCUCGAGCAGUAUCGCCCGCCGCAGACCUGGGAGAACGUGCACCGCUUCGACCCUUCUGCGCGUUGGACAUGGCGAGAGGAAUACCGUGUUGUGCGAAGGAUCGACUGGCUAAUUAUGGUCUGGGCCUUUAUUAUGUUCUUCGCCUUGGACCUCGACCGGUCGAACAUCGCGCAAGCCAACACCGACAACUUUCUGAACGACCUUGGGCUGACGACGGACGACUUCAACCUGGGGAACACGCUGUUCAAGUUGUGCUUCCUGAUUGCGGAGCUUCCUUCGCAACUCAUCUCGAAGCGUGUGGGCCCCGAUGUCUGGGUCCCGACCCAGAUGGUGCUGUGGAGCUUCGUUUCUCUUGGCCAAUUCUGGCUUACCGGAAGGGGUUCCUUCCUGGCUACUAGGUGCUUGCUCGGAUUCAUGCAAGGAGGGUUCAUCCCAGACGUGAUCUUGUACCUUUCGUAUUUUUACACCAAGAAAGAGCUUCCCACUCGACUGGCGUGGUUCUGGGCCUCCAACUAUGUCGCCGAAAUCGUGGGCGCGUUCAUCGCGACGGGCCUCCUCAAGCUCCGAGGCGUCAAUGGGAAGGCUGGAUGGCGGUACCUCUUCCUAAUCGAGGGCGGCCUUACUCUAGCUAUCGGUAUUGUGUCUUUCUUCAUGAUGCCGCCAAGCCCUACCCAGACAAAGUCGUGGGUUCGUCCAAAGGGAUGGUUCACUGAACGUGAGGAGACCAUCAUCGUGAACCGUGUGCUGCGAGAUGACCCAUCCAAGUCGAACAUGCACAACCGCCAGGGUCUUUCCGUCCGCAUGAUCUGGGAUGUCCUGAAGGAUUGGCGCAUAUGGCCCAUCUACUUGAUGGGCCUCCUCUUCCUGGUCCCAGUCACGCCUCCGCAAAACUACCUCACACUGACGCUCCGGAAUCUCGGCUAUACGACCACGCAGUCCAACCUGCUCAGCAUUCCCUCCAAGUUCCUCGGGCUGGUUCUCCUCCUCAUAUGGUGCUACAUCAGCGAAAUGCUCGACAGCCGCAUCGUUCCGCUCGUCGCCCUUCAAAUUUACGCCCUGCCCUUGCUCAUCGCACUGUACACGUUCACCGCGGAGACAUCCCCAUGGGUGUACUUCGCCAUCGUCACGCUUAUCACCGGUUACCCGUACGUGCAUCCUGUGCAGGUUGCUUGGGCGUCGACGAAUUCGGCCGGCGUGGGUACGCGGACCGUGUCGGCCUCCUUAUACAACAUGUUCUAUCAGGCCGACGGGAUUGUUUCGGCAAACAUCUAUCGGGAUGAUGACAAGCCUCUUUACAAGCAUGGAAACCGCGCGCUCAUCGCCGUUUGCGUGCUUAACUUGUUCCUCUAUUUUAUCAUCUACUUGUUCUACAAGGGUGUCAACAAGCGCAGGGACCGGAUAUGGAACUCCUGGACGGCGAAGGAACAGCACGAGUACUUAGAGACGACCAAAGACCAGGGCAACGCGCGGAUGAACUUCCGUUUCGCGUACUGAUCGACGUUUGUGAUUAUGAUAUCCAUGACUUUAUAAAAUGCAGCUUAACGAUCAAGACCGCCAUGCUUUCGAGCAACUAGUAUCUAGUUCC